UCAUGGACCGCAUGGGAAAGAUCAUCUUCUACGAGGACAGGAACUUCCAGGGCCGCUGCUUUGAGUGCAGCAGUGACUGUCCCGAGCUGAGCUCGCACUUCAGCCGCUGCAACUCCAUCAGGGUGGAGAGCGGAGCCUGGGUUCUGUACGAGAGGCCCAACUACAUGGGCUCCCAGUAUGUCCUGACCAGAGGAGAGUACCCAGAGUACCAGCGCUGGAUGGGCUACAACGACACCGUGCGCUCCUGCCGUAUCAUCCGUCAUAUGUCCGGAUCGCACCGCAUGCGCGUUUUUGAGCGCCCUGAUUUCCUGGGCCAGACGAUGGAGUUCAGUGACGACUGCACCUCCCUGAUGGACCGUUUCCAUUUCCGCGAGGUCCACUCCUGCAAGGUGAUGGAUGGCGCCUGGGUCUUCUUCGAGCAGGCCAACUACAGGGGCCGCCAGUACCUGCUAGAGAGGGGCGAGUACCGCCGCUUCAGUGAGUGGGGUGCCAUGCAUCCCACCGUGGGCUCCAUCCGCCGUGUACAGGAGUACUGAACCUUCUUACAUCCCAUUACAUACAUACAAUACUACUGAUAGAAAAUAAAAUUUAAAUCAACGUGUUUGUGUAAUCCCAA